UCGAAACAGCACAACCAGCCCAGCUACCAGCAGCUUAACCAACCAGCCAUCCUAGCUCCAACCAACCAAUCCAACCCUGUCCAACCAACAAUGAAGGCUACUCUGUUCUUCCUGGUCGUCGUCCUGUGCGCAGUGGCUCUGGCUGCUCCACAAUCCGAACAGAAGCGGGGUGGAAAGGGAAAGUCCGAAGUACAGGGCAAGGGCAAGGGCAACCGACAGGGCGAGUCGGGAUCGAUGGAGGACGGACAGCAGGGUGGUAGCUCGGAGGAGAGCCAAGGUGGAAAGGGCGGAAAGGGUGGCAAGGGAGGAAAGGGUGGCAAGGGAGGAAAGGGCGGUAUGGAUCGUGAGAUGGAAGGAUCGUCGCGUCGCAUGGAGAGCCCGAAAGGAAAGGGAAAGCAGGAGCAGCAGAAGGAACACGGCAAGGGCCGUGAAAAUGGCAAGGGCAAGAAGAACUAAAGUGACGAUUGGUUCGAGCGAUGGUUGAACAAUAAAGCAUCUUGAAAACAAAACCAAAAGUUUUACGUGUGCAGAGUAUGAGGAACGCAAUCCGAACAAACGCAAACACAUUUCCAUAAAUGUUGUUGAUAUUUACGUGGAAGGUUGUUGAUAUAACCGACCUUCGACGAUAUGAUCUUUGGUAUUUCUAAUGAUCUUACUUAUCCGGCGCUACUAGUACUUUGCGGUCUUGGCUUGCCUCAGGAGUGUCCGAAACCACUCAUGGUCUCGCGCUUUCGUCUGCCAAUCCGUUAUCACGGCCUCAAUGGUGGACGCCGCAACGACAUCUUGCGACCUCAAUUUGGGCCUAACAUGCCUCCUCUGUUCUUGCGGACAACAGCCCAUCGGAGCCUGGCAUGCUUGAUACGCUGCACGACAAUGAGGUCACAGUACAUCUCGCAUAGCUCGUCGUUAUAACGGCUCCUCCAUUGUCCUUCCACCCAUACAGGGUCAGGAAUCCUUCAAAGCAUCUUUCUCUCGAACGCGGCUAAGAGGGUUUUGUCAUAUUUGGACAGUGUCCAUGUCUCAGAGGCGUAUGUUAGCACCGGUACUAUAUAGGAGCCAUAUAUUGCCUGUUUCGUUCGUUGCAACAGGUUCUUUGAGGUGAACUGAAUGCUCAGGCCGUAUAAAGACCGGUUGGUAGCCAGCAUCCUUGCGUGCAACUCAGCUACCACGCUAUUGUCGUUGCAGACCUUUGACCCGAGAUAGGUGAAUUGUGAAACGACUUUAAAAGUGCGUUCACCUAUCUGUACGUCACGCCUAUGUAGGUUUGGAUUUGUUAUUGGUAGGUCCGCUGAUGUUGCCACCAUCAGUUUGGUCUUUGCCUAGUUUAUCUGAGAUCCGAGGUUUUCCGAGGAUCAGUUGAGCUGAUCGGACAAUGUUAGUGUUGUGAUCGUAUUGUUGCUCACCCCUGGAUCGCGGCUGGAGACAGUCGCCGAUACCAGUCAGGCGGCCGACGCAACGGCGAGGCGAAACUAGAUAGGCAAGGCGAAAUCUGGAGAGUUAGGAGAAUUAGAAUUAGGAGAAUUAGAAUUAAGGAAUUGCUCUCUCUCUUCCGAUCUGGCUUUGGUGGCGAACGGUUGUGUGUCAGCGCGGCACGGAUGUUAUCAUUUUACUUAUAAUAUAAGUUGUAAAUUGUAGUUUGUGUUCGCGUCAUUAUUUUCAACGCUUCAUCGGUCAUCCGAACACAAAAGUUAGAAGUCAUGAUAAUAAGACGAAUAUAUCAUAUGUUAAAGAUCUUCUACGAACUAUUCGCAAACAUAAUCAAUCAAGUGUUAAGAGCUUAGAAGUUCGAUCAAUGUAUUGACAUUACGAUCUUCUUUUAGUUGGCGUAACGUUCUAUGCAGCCAUGCCGGCUUACAUUACCUAUACAGGCUUUCGAGACUUAAUUCAUUACCUUACGUAGCUAGAUAGUCAAUCCUUGCUACGGGGGGACGGUUCAUUCUAAGCUUGAACCCAUGACGGGCAUGUUAUUGAGUCGUUCGAGUUGACGACUGUACCACGGGACCGCCCGACAUUACGAUCUAUUAAGUGAUAUUACGCCAUUAUUUAUCAUUUUCGGUCAAGUUGGUCAUCGCUGUUUGUUCUUGAACAAUAUCCAGUUGCAAUUUUCUUGAUCGCAAUUUAAUAGCUUGACACGUAUGUUAUUCUCACUAACGAUCAUGUUGGUUGACUAUAAAUACUGAUGAACUAGCCUCGAAACAACACAACCAGCCCAGCUACCAGCAGCUUAACCAACCACCCAACCCAGCUCACCAACCCAACUCAACCCACAACAAUGAAGGCUACUCUGUUCUUCUUGGUCGUCGUCCUGUGCGUCGUGGCUAUCUCUGCCAACAGCAGUGAGCAGCAUGGCAAGGGACAGGGCAAGGGCAAAGGAAAGGAACAAGCUUCCGCUGGAGCUGCCGAUGGCUCGAAAGUAGGCGUUGGCAACGGCAAGGGCAAGGGACAGGAGAAGGGCGACGCUGUAUCCCGUGCUGAGGCUGGUCGUGCCCACGCUCAGAAUGGAGGAAAGGGCCAGGAGAAGGCCAAGGAGCACGGAAAGGGCAAGGGAAAGAACUGAACGGAACAUACGGAAAUAAAAUGAUACAUUAUAGCUAAACAUACAAACAUUUGUUGUUAUUUGAUAACAUAUCAAAACAAUACAUGUGAGAUGAUUGAAAGAAAAUGAUCGUGAAGAGGGAAUCCUAUGAAAAGCGUCUUAAACCAUGUUAUACUUAAGAAGCUUCACUUUCCCUUUGACAGUUGUCGCUUUUUCUGGAGUGUUUGCUAACUGAUGUCGCAUCAUAUCGCAACAAAACUAUGGUAAUAUAUUGUAACUCAGUGAAAUAAUGCUGAAGAAAUGGUGUUUAUUCCACUGUAGACAACAGCUCCUGUUAAAUGCUCAAGGACCAGUAUGAUACACGUUGCGCUAAGAAGGAUGUAAAUGAAUCUGAACUGAACAAAUAUAGCGUCAUGAGAAUAGUUUGAAUCAAUGUGGUAUUAAGUAUUGGAGCAGUCCAUUAGAUUAAUUGAAUAUCUUUUGUGAUGCAACUGACCACGUUUGAAUGUUAUUUUCUAGUAAAGGAAUGCACUUGAAUGUCGAGCAAUUCGUGACAUAAUAUCCAACAUCCAAUACGUGUGGUGUAGAAAAUAUACAAAUAAUAUUAUAUAUUCGUUUCAAAAAAAAAUCUCGUUAUUUCUCAGCUGAAUCACUGGCGAUAACUCUUGAUCAAUCAUAGAUCAAGAGAGGGCUUUUUAUUUUGUGAUACCUUUGAACAGACGGUUUUGACCAAGACACGUAUGUGGAAAGAUAACACUAUAAGGUGUUGAACUCGAUACCCAAGUAGAAGUAACUUGACUAGGAUAUAUUUGCAAAUGAUCACCUGCCGAUCAGUAGCUCGAUUAAUUUACUAUCUAAUACAUGAUCAUGGGGCAGAUCAGUACUAUUCAUUUUCAUCCUAUUAGGCAUAACCAUUUACUGCAUGCAGUGUUCAUUUUCUUGAUCGCAAGUUAAUAGCUUGACACGGGCAUUAUUCGCACUAAUGUCCAUAUUGGCUACUAUAAAUACUGAUGAAAAACACUCGAAACAACACAACCAGCCCAGCUACCAGCAGCUUAACCAACCACCCAACCCAGCUCACCAACUCAACUCAACCCACAACAAUGAAGGCUACUCUGUUCUUCCUGGUCGUCGUCCUGUGCGUCGUGGCUAUCUCUGCCAACAGCAGUGAGCAGCAUGGCAAGGGACAGGGCAAGGGCAAAGGAAAGGAACAAGCUUCCGCUGGAGCUGCCGAUGGCUCGAAAGUAGGCGUUGGCAACGGCAAGGGCAAGGGACAGGAGAAGGGCGACGCUGCAUCCCGUGCUGAGGCUGGUCGUGCCCACGCUCAGAAUGGAGGAAAGGGCCAGGAGAAGGCCAAGGAGCACGGAAAGGGCAAGGGAAAGAACUGAACGGAACAUACGGAAAUAAAAUGAUACAUUAUAGCUAAACAAACAUA